AGAGACUGGAAAAUAUUCACAACAAACAUCUCAUAAAGAUUACAACGGAGGAGUGUAAACUUUAAAACAAGAAUAGGAUUUUUCUUUUGUUUAAUACACAGCUGUGCAAUUUAAGAUGCCAAAAAAAGUUUCAUCAUCAUUAACUAUGGGGUCUGACGAAGAUUAUUGCCAGCCUUGCAACCAUGACAGUCCUCGACAUCCUGCCCAUGACUGUUGUACUGAGAGCAGGGAGCAUCUAUGUAAGACCUUUACUAUAGCUAACAAGAGACAUACCUUUUCAAGAAAUCAUACCAUUCAAGAUAAAAACAGCAUCCCACAAAGCAUUUCUUCUGCCUCUGCAUAUCCAACACAGCCUGACAAACUUUGCCCUAAACACAAAGAAGUCAUCAGGUUCUACUGUCAUGACCACAGAGCACUACUAUGCUGUAGAUGUGUUACACAUGAACACACAGGUACAUUAUGCAAAGUCGACUUCAUCCCACAUAUUUCUGGACAAGUCAUAAACAGUAAAGAACAUCAAGAUAUCUUGAAAGCAAUGGAUAACAUAGCUGAGCAAUGUCGCAAGAAAUCAGAAGAUGUGAAGAAAAUUACUGCAAAGUCCAACAACUCUUUGACAGAUGUAUUGGCUGAUAUAAAGAAAUUUCGGAGAGAAAUAAACCAAAGACUAGAUGAACUAGAAAGACAAGCAGAAGAUGCAGCAAAGACAAUCCAAAAAGAAAAUGACAAGAACCUGAAGACAGUAGAAACAACUUGCAAUGAUGUAACAAAAUCUCUGAAGACAUCAUCUGACACCAUUAAACAUCUCAACACAUCCAAACUAGCAGAACAACUUUUCAUUGAGCUAAAAAUAGCUGAGCAAAUGAUCAAAGAUUAUGAGAAACGUGUCCACGACCUAGAAGCAUAUGAUGUCAAUGAGUACAACUUUAAAGAAAAUGAAGCAAUAUCAACCCUACUUGACAUGGAGAGGUCACUGGGUACAUUUGCAGAGAAAUCAUUAAAACAACCAUGUCCUCCUCCACCUGUUGAGAUAAAGUCCAGACAAACUUCACAUCAGGGUGAAAUCUGUGUCCAGACAUCAAAAGAUGACGACCUAUUAUCAAGCUGUAUAAUGGGAAUGACUCUCCUCACUCCUGAUCUACUUAUCAUCACUGACUUCAAUGACAAUGCUGUAAAAAUGGUGGAUACCAUCAGUCAAUCUGUAACUGAUCAAUUACAACUAGAAAAUGAUCCAUGGGAUGUCACCUCAGUUACCAGUACAGAACUUGCUGUCACUGUUCGUAACAAACAAACUAUUCAGUUUAUAUCAGUCUCUUCAAACAAACUCGAGAAGAAACAAACUCUGAAGGUUGAUGGAGAAUGCUAUGGUUUAAGUUACUGUCAGGGGAAACUUGUUGUGUCAUUUAAGAACCCUGCAAAACUCCAAAUUCUUGAUACCAAUGGUACUAUACUGACAACAGUCAAGGGGGAAAAUAUUUUCAGCAGGCCAACAUGUGUUACUUCUAACACUAAUUCUAUCUAUGUAUCUGACAGGGGAAUGAAAACAAUUAUAAGGAUAAACUGGCAGGGUGAGGUGAUUGGUAGUUAUGGUGGAAUGGUUUUGCCUGGUGGUACAACACUGUCAGAUGUGGGUACUGUUUUUGUGUGUGACCAUGGCAGAAAAGUUAUAGAAGAGAUAGCAGGUGACUGUUCUACAGGAAAGGUUGUGUUGAAGGACCUCAAUGGUCCCAAAGCUGUCUGCUGGUGUGCUGAAACAUGUAAACUAUACUUCAGCUGUGAUCCUGAUCAAGAUGAAGAUGACCACUUUCUUCAGGUCUUCAAGCUCUCAUAACUAGAACAAAACUCAUCAAGAGUUUAACCAAUGUAUACUGUGAAAUUAUUCAUAGUCGUGUGGGACUAAUUUCCGUUGCUUUUGUGGUUGAUUCAAUCAAUGACGAACUAAGAAUA